GCCCCGCCGCUCCUCGAAACCCGCUGGCGUCACGUCCGGCGGCGUCACUCGUGAGGGGCCCCGGCGCGGCGGGUGGCGCCGCCCCUGGAGCGCUCCGCUGGAGGAGGCCGCAGGUGUUUGCAUCGACAGCGCUCGGAUAGCAGGAGGAGUUGUUACAAAUACCACUGGAUGUGGGCUACUUACAGACACUGAGUGAAAAUGAACAAAGAGAGACAAAUCGAAGAUGAUGAUGAUGAUGACGACAGUGACCAGUUCGAAGCCUUUAUGGAGAAUUUUAACCAACUCGAACUGCUGGAGACACACAGGCAUUUGAUUCCUGUAGGAACUCAGAGCUGUUGGUCAGGACAGUCGGAUGAUGAGGACGAUGAGCAAGAAAGAAGUGAGGAAUGGUACGAAAUGCAGGAAAAAAAGAUGGAAAAACAUCCAGAGAAAUUGCUGCUCUGGGCAGCUGAAAACAAUCGGCUGAGCACAGUGAAGAGGCUCCUUUCCGAAAAGCUGGCUCCAGUCAAUGCUCGUGAUGAAGACCAGUACACUCCUCUCCAUCGCGCCGCCUACAGCGGGCACCUGGACGUGGCACACGAGCUGGUGGCCCAAGGGGCAGACGUUCAUGCGCAGACAGUGGAUGGCUGGACACCCCUGCACAGCGCCUGUAAGUGGAACAACACCAGGGUGGCCGCCUUCUUACUUCAGCAGGGUGCGGACAUCAACGCCCAGACAAAUGGUUUGCUGACACCAUUGCACAUUGCUGCAGGAAACAAGAACAGUAGGGAAACCCUUGAACUCCUGCUGAUGAAUCGCUACGUGAAGGCAGACCUGAAGAACAACUUGGAUGAAACAGCCCUUGACAUUGCCAGGAGGACUGAUAUAUAUCACUACCUUUUUGAAAUAGUAGAAGACUGCAUAAAUGCUGUGUGCCCUUAAAAGUUGUGGUGGCGCUUGUGAAUGGGAGGUUUGCUGCCUUCUGUUUGUGUCCUGCAUGCUCAUCCCUGGUGGUCUGUCCCUUUGCAACGAGGUUUUCAUUUGACAUACUUUAGUAUUCUUCUCAGGCAAAAUGUCACUUCUUGCAGCUCUGCUCAGUGGUCUCACUCAUACUUUGGAAGCAUUUCUACUGUCACUCAAGGAAUUCAGAAAGUCUUGAUAAUUCCAGUCAGUUUCCAUUUAAUUAGUGCAUAUUGGGAGGGGCCUUUGUAAUUGGUCUGUACUAUUAAAGCAGGAGAGAAAACUGGAAUAUUUACGUGAUGUGAAAGAAUUCUGGCUUGGUAAUGCAGAGUUUGGGACAGCUCAACUUGAAAAUUAUUUUUUUGAGAAAUUUAACUUUUUUAGAACUGCAUGAAAGCUCAGAAUGAAUGUAACUUAUUUGGGUGAUACACAAAAUGUUCGGUGAUCCUGGUGUAAGGCUUCUUAUAAAAUAAAAUAUUUAACCUUAA